GAGAAACGAAAAUAAUCAAUAAUCUGCUUCUUAGUUUAGAUGGCAGCAGAGCAGUAUUUUGGUUGAGUAUAUUCAAGUAUGGAAACUCAAGAAGAUUGUACAAUCAGAAGAGGACAAUCUAUUCGACGUUAUCAAAAUGAUUUUAAAUCUGAUGGACACACUUCAACUUCAAUGAUAAUAAAUCAAUCACAAUACAUAAAUAUUGGAAGAUCUAUUGUAAGAAUAGCUAUAUAUUUAACAACUGGAAUUUUUCUAACAAUGGACAUUGAAUCUAAUUCUACUGCACAUCAAAUCCUUGCAAUGAUACAAUCCGAAGGAGAGUUAGGAUUAACAAGAACUCCUUCAUUCACUGGUCAAACAGUUUUUGCUUUAUGGCUUUGUUCUUCAAAAUUAGAAGUUCAAUUACGUCCGAAUCAUAAACCUAUAGAAUUGGCUGCAAAAUGGAAUCGUUUAAUAAAAAAAUAUAGUUCUCAAAGAGAACAAACAGAUGAAGAACCUUUGCUAUGUCUUAGACGAAACGUGUUUCUUUCUCAAUCAGAUGAGGAGCAAAUAAAAGAAACUAAAGUAUUAGAAUUAUUAUAUGCAGAAGCCAGAAAUAAUGUAUUGCAAGGACGUUAUCCAUGCGAAGGACAGGCACGAUAUGCAAGUUUGGGAGCUUUGCAAGCACGUAUUGAACUAGGUCCAUAUAAUCCUCAAAAUCAUACAUUAGCAUUUUUUAGAAGAUAUCGUGGUCGAUUUUUGCCUCAUCAUUAUACAUCUCCUAGUCUCUUAUUAGGAUUAGGUGUUGGUUUAGGCCUAGUUGGUGGAAAAGGAGCACCUGAAGCUCGCCUACUUGAACAGUAUAAACGAAUACCUAAUCACACAGGAACUAAUACGAAUUCGAGGAAACUAAUUAGAAAAUACUUAGAGUUUUGUUGGAAUUUACCAUGUUAUGGUGCGGCUUUUUUUCAAGGACAAAUUGAACGUCCUGUAAGAGGUCUUGCAUCUUGGAUUACAAAUCGUGAUAUGUAUAUACUCAUUGCUAUUAAUUCAUCAGGAGUAUAUAUCGUGGACGAUAUUCAAUGUAGUUUAUUAUUGGGUCUAAGAUAUUCAGAGUUAAGUUGGGAAAUGGCGAAACCUUCAGAUGAAAAUAAUCCGGAUUGUCUACCAUGUUUAUUUCUACAGUUUCCUGUGCGAGAAAAUGGAACACAAGUUUAUAAAAUUCUACAAGUAUUCUCAAGACAAGCAAUAAUGAUGGAUAUUUUGAUUUCUGGCUUUGCUGAAGAACAUCGUCGUCAUAGAAAUAAUAGUGAUAUUGCGAAUAGUGAUCGUUUAACAGACCAUAUGAUUGGUUCCAAUACUGGAAGUUUUACUAAUAAACUUAGUAAAUUUACAUUAGCCACUUUUGAUGAUGAAGGUCGAUGUAUUGGACAAAUGGGUUCUUGGUCUUUUCAAUAAAAUAAAUUGUUUAUACUAUAUAUCUGCUUUUUUUCAAAAAUACAUUAAACUUUCUUUAAUUAUCGCAAGAUGUGGAUUUUGUUGUAAAUUAUUCAUCAACAUUUUGUAUUUUAUAGGAACCAAAUCUCUAUGACGAUUUAAUCUGUUUUCUAAAGUUUGUAAAUAAAAACUUAUUUCAUUUA